AUGGAAAUUCAUCGCGGCUUACUAUUUUUAUGGAUUGCGACGAUUUUGUUGUUGCAAAAAUCGAGCAAUGUCGAAGGAAGGCAUCACGUAACCAAGAAACAUAAGAAAAAAAAUGCAAGUAAAGGGUCCCCUGCCUAUGCUCCAAGCCCUGAAGGCCCCAUUUCUCAAUCUCCUAACUAUUCUCCCCCGGUUCCUUCAGACCCGAAUGAUCCCACAAAUUCGAGCAGAAACUGCAUUUUCGACGUGACAUCUUACGGGGCAGUGGGAGAUGGUGAGACGGAUGACACUGCUGCAUUCACGGCCGCUUGGAAGGCAGCCUGUCAAGUGGAAUCAGGCAUCGUUUUGGCACCGGUAGACCAUGUUUUCAUGAUCACUUCGACGAUUUUCUCCGGUCCUUGCAAGCCAGGACUUGUUUUUCAAGUGGACGGAGUCUUAAUGCCGCCAAAUGGCCCGGAUUGCUGGCCAAAAUCCGAUAGUAACAAGCAAUGGCUAGUGUUUUAUCGACUCGAUCAAAUGACUUUUACCGGUACCGGAACCAUUGAAGGCAACGGCAAAGAUUGGUGGGAACUGCCCUGCAAACCUCACAGGGGUCCUAAUGGAUCAACAUUGCCCGGACCAUGUAACAGCCCUGCGCUUAUUCGUUUCUUUAUGAGCUCGAAUUUGGUCGUUUCUGGGUUGCGUAUCCAAAAUAGUCCUCAGUUCCACAUGAAAUUCGAUGGCUGCGAAGGAGUGCUCAUUGAUAAACUGUCUAUCUCUUCGCCAAAGCUGAGUCCCAACACAGACGGAAUUCACAUCGAAAACACAAAGUCUGUGGGAAUAUACAACUCAGUGAUAGGCAAUGGUGAUGAUUGCAUUUCGAUAGGACCUGGUUGUUCAAAUGUCGACAUUGAAGCUGUCACUUGUGGGCCUAGUCAUGGGAUCAGCAUUGGAAGCCUAGGAGUGCACAAUUCCCGUGCAUGUGUUUCUAACAUAACAGUCAGGAACGCCAUCCUAAAAGACUCAGACAACGGACUGAGGAUCAAGACGUGGCAGGGAGGGACGGGAUCAGUAACCGGCAUAUCAUUCGAGAACAUUCAGAUGGACAACGUACGAAACAGCAUCAUCAUCGAUCAAUACUACUGCUUAUCAAAGGCUUGCAGGAACCAGACAUCAGCCGUGUACCUAUCAGACGUGACAUAUAGGAAUAUCAAAGGUACUUAUGAUGUAAGAAGUCCUCCGAUACACUUUGCCUGCAGUGACAGCGUCGCCUGCACGAAUAUCACAAUGUCAGAGGUCGAACUUCUGCCAUACGAAGGCGUACUAGUAGACGAUCCUUUCUGCUGGAACGCGUAUGGUACUCAAGAGACAUUAACUAUACCUCCAAUUGAUUGCUUGAAAGAAGGGAUGGGUCAUAAACUAGCAGAAAGUUCAUUAUAUAGCUGCUAA